AUGAAGUUGUUUUCCUCCGUUUCUCUUUCUUCUGCCUUAUUCUCCCUUUUAGCUUGUAGCCCAAUUUCUUCUCUUGCAGCUCCUCUAACCGACCGUUCUGAUAUCAAACAGAAUGAAGAGUUUUCUGUAAUGAGCCUCCGCUCAGGUAACGGUAACGUUCAUUUCCAUUCCUUUUAUGUUGGUGACAACAAUAACGUCUACCUCGAUCCUUAUGAUAAUGGAAAUGAAGCGGCCAAAUUCACUUUAGCAGAUACUUAUUUACUCCAUGAAGGAUUUUCUGCUCACCUUGGCGAUAACGGUGCGUUAUACUUUCAACGUAAUGAUGAGGGUUCCAUUCUUGGAUUUGAUUUUGGAGAACGCAUUGCUUCUGGCUAUGCUCUGGAACUUCAUGGACAAAGCCCUGUAGCUUGUCCUAUCGAAGAAAAUUCCUCUGUUUACUCUGUCUUUUUUGGUAAAGGAAAUGGUAAUAGCAAGUGUGUUGGCUUUACAGCCCUUGCAAUUCCAAAUAAUCCUGUUUCUUCUUCUUCUUCUUCUUCUACUGCGGCCCCUUCCAAUGCUGCUAAAAUAUAA